GCGUCUUCAUCUAACUGGAGAACCACAGCCCUUGAUCUGGGCUCCGCUCUGAGGCCGGCCCUUUCUCACUCACUCCCACCUUGGAAAGAUGGAACCCCAGGAGAGCGCCGUCCAGUACAGCCGAUGGAACAACAGCCAGGAUGAGGUCAGCAUGAAUGUGUCAACCCCAGAAAGCUCAGGCUGUGAGCGGGUCUACAAUAAACUAUGCACCGGGAAGCUGGGCAUGGCUAUGAAGGUGGUAGGCGGAAUCGUUCUGUUCUGGGUCAUCUUCAUCAUCGGCUACAUCACUGGGUACUACAUCCACAAGUGCAAGUAGCCCUUGUCUGAGCCUGCUGGACACCUUUUCCGAGGAGCCCUCCACCCAC